CAAGUGGCGCCCCACUGGGGCGCAGCUCUGCUCCUAGGAAGAGACGGCCCCGGGGAAGCCAGAUUUCUUUCCAGCAGCCGCAGCUCAGCCUGGAGUGACCCGGCCACUGCGGGGCUCGCCUCCCGCGAAGCUUUUGGACCUUUCCGGGGACGCACCCGCGGCGCGCUCCGCCCCGGAAACACGCCUCCAGCCAGGUUGGCGCGCUUUAGAAACAGCCUCUAUUCUAUUUCGUGUGCGUUUCACAGGGUCCCGGCCGCUCGGGGAGCUUGGUUCACUGGCGCUAAAUCUACGGCCUCCAACCCCGCGCAGCGAUGAAGAGGACCCGAGAGGAAGUGGACGCGACGCUGCAGAUCGCCAAGCUGAACGCGGCCGAGCUGCUGCCUGCGGUGCACUGCCUGGGCUUCGGCCCCGGGGCCAGCGGCGCCGGCGGCGGUGACUUCUGCCUGCUGGAGCUGGAGCCCGCGCUGUGCCAGCAGCUGGAGGCAGGACACAGUCUUGUGAUUCGUGGUGAUAAAGAUGAGCAGGCUGUGCUGUGCAGUCAAGACAAAACCUAUGACUUGAAAAUAGCAGAUACUUCCAAUAUGCUGCUUUUUAUUCCCGGUUGUAAAACUCCAGACCAGCUGAAGAUGGAAGAAACACGCUGCGACAUUAUUCACACUGAGAUCUUUGGUUUUUCUAAUAAUUAUUGGGAAUUAAGAAGAUGUAGACCUAAAUUAAAGAAGCUAAAGAAACUUUUGAUGGAAAAUACCUACGAAGGACCUGACAAUCAAAAAGAAAAGGACUCAAAUCACUCAAAAUACACAACUGAAGAUUUGCUUGAUCAAAUUCAGGCAAGUGAGGAAGAAAUAAUGGCCCAGUUACAAGUUCUAAAUGCCUGUGAGAUUGGAGGUUAUUGGAGGAUUCUUGAAUUUGAUUAUGAGAUGAAGCUUCUGAAUCAUGUAACUCAGCUUGUGGAUUCUGAAUCUUGGUCUUUUAGUAGAGUUCCUUUGAGUACAUGCCUUCAGGAACUUGGACCAUUGGAGCCAGAGGAGAUGAUCGAACACUGUCUUAAAUGUUAUGGAAAGAAAUACGUAGAGGAAGGUGAAGUUUAUUUUGAAUUGAAUGCUGAUAAAAUAUGCAGAGCGACAGCACAAAUGCUACUUCAGAAUGCAGUGAAAUUCAACCUCGCUGAGUUUCAAGAAGUAUGGCAACAGAGUGUUCCUGAAGGAAUGAUAACUAGGCUUGAUCAGCUGAAGGGUUUAGCCUUGGUGGAUAGACACUCAAGACCAGAAAUCAUAUUUUUGCUAAAAGUAGAUGAUUUACCUGAGGAUAAUCAGGACCGUUUUAAUAGUCUAUUCUCUCUAAGGGAGAAGUGGACAGAAGAAGAUAUUGCUCCAUAUAUUCAAGAUUUGUGUGGAGAGAAGCAAACCAUAGGUGCAUUACUCACUAAAUAUUCUCGAUCUUCGAUGCAAAAUGGUGUUAAAGUUUAUAAUUCAAGAAGACCCAUUUCUUAAAAGAACAACUGUGUGUUCUUUGGGACUAAAGUUGUUGGUUAUAAAAAAAAGAUUCUUUUAUGGAUUUGUAUUCCACACUUUUAAAAACCUACUACUUUGAGGCAUUUUUCUCCUCAUCUUAAGCAUUUUGAAACUACUCUUUUUUUCCUUAAAUGUAAUAGGAUAUUUCUAUAUCUUUCAAGUUAUGUUUGUAUUAUGCACACAUUGUAAACAAGGACAAAAGAAAAUGUUUUUUUUCCUGUAUUUUGUAUCUGUCUGUAGUGUAUAUGGUUUUAUUUAUAGAAAAAGAGUUUUGCCUUUGUUAUAUUUAAAAUUGCACCUCUUUAAGAUUUGAUCUUCUAAUCAUUAAUAAAUUUAAAACUUUUUCAGAGAACUAAAUAAUAA